UUUGUGCCUGCAGAAAACUUCCGUGGCGGAACUUAUUCUUCUGAGGGACCACGCGGACCAUAGUGAACAAAAAUGCCAGUGGAUCGUAGGCGAAUUCGGGGCCCUGAUGAAUCCCAAUCUCCUUAUCAUUUCAUUUCUAAGGAGUCUCAGAAAUGCCUCGCUUCUGGGGAUCGUCGUUCAGAUGACAGCCAGCGCGGCCCCUUGGACAUACGGCCGAUUUUUGCGCGGUGUGGACUGAACAGUCAAGCUAAAGGCUCUGCUUACAUUGAGGCAGGCAAUACCAAAAUAAUCUGCUCUGUGUACGGGCCCCGGGAGACUGAGCGCAAAGAUGAAACUGACAUGAAAUCAGGACGUCUCGUAGCUGACAUGCGGUUUGCCCCCUUCGCCUGCCACAAGAGAGGGGCAUGGGUUCAGGGUAACGAGGAGAAGGAUCUUUCUCUGGGCUUACUUGAGAGUCUUCGGCCGGGAGUCUGCUUGCACAAGUAUCCCCGCUCUCAGAUUGACGUUUGCGUCAUGGUUCUAGAGAGUGACGGCCCGGCGCUGUCCCACGCGGUCACUUGUGCAUCCCUGGCCCUCGCUGAUGCGGGGAUCGAGAUGUACGACAUGGUGUUGGGAUGCACCGUCCGACACACCGGAACGACGCAGCUACUCGACCCCACUUUCUCAGAGGUUCAGGACGACCAGGAUGGCGUUUUCGUGGAGAACCAGGGAAGUGUGACCCUUUCUCUGAUGCCCAAUAUGAAUCAAGUGUCAGGUUUGCAGUCGGACGGUGUUAUGGAACAAGAGUCCCUGAAGGCAGCUGUUCAGGCGUGUAUUGAGGGCUGCUACAAACUGUACCCUGUCAUUCAACAUACCCUGCUGAAGACAGUGCGAAAAAAUGCACCUCCUUCAGAGAACUGAGAUUUUGAUAAGCCAUUUUUAAAGGCCAUGCCCUUGUAGUUGUAUUAUUUGCAAUAAACACGUAUUCAAUUGUGUA